UUUAGCAGCACCACUGCAUAUUUUAGCCAAUUCUAUCUCCUUAUGGUCAGUAUUCACCCACACUCCCUUCCUAUCUACACACAUACAUUCUUCACAUCCUUUCUCCCAUCUACGGAUAAGGCGCCCCGAUGGCCCCUUGGGAGAAGCAUUUGCUCCUCCUCGCCUUCCUCUACGCCGCUCUCCUCAUCCAAGAUGCCACAGGGUCUACAGAUUAUGGUAUUGCAUCACCAGGAAUUCAAGAUGGCUCUAGAAGAUUGCUGAUUGGCUCGGUGGCACCAACGUGCACCUACAACGAGUGCAGAGGGUGCCGGUUUAAGUGCAGAGCCGAGCAAGUUCCGGUUGAAGGCAACGAUCCGAUAAACAGCGCUUAUCACUACAAAUGUGUUUGUCACAGAUAGAAUUUUUUGCACCUUUGAGUUUUUGUCCAAAUGUAGGAGCAUCAGCUCAUACUAUAUUAUUACUAUUGAGAAAAUAUAGAUUCAUUUUGUCCAGCA